UUUCAGCACAAAUGGGUCACUGCACGAGUAAAGAUCAGAAAGAAGGCAAACGUCUGAAUCGUCGGAUCGAUGAGCAAAUCAAGAAGGAUCAAUCGAUGAGUCUUCGGAUCAUCAAGUUAUUACUAUUAGGAGCCGGAGAAAGUGGAAAGAGUACAAUAUUAAAACAAAUGAGGAUAUUACACAAGGAUGGAUUCUCACAACAAGAUCUUGAAAUGAUUCGGCCUGUUGUAUAUUCGAAUUGUAUUCACAGUAUGCUUUCAAUUCUCCGAGCCAUGUUCCAUUUGCAAAUCGAAUACGGCGAACCUGAUCGAGUGCGUGACUCCCAGUUAGUGUUUGCAACUGUGCAUGCAAAUAAAGAAGAAUUAACAGAAGAACUAGCAGCAGCAAUGCAGAGGUUAUGGCAUGAUCCAGGUGUCCGAGAAUGCUAUCGACGCAGCAAUGAAUACCAAAUUGAUGACUCUGCAAAAUACUUCCUUGACAACUUGCCACGUCUCUCAUCUCCAAACUACGUGCCAAGUGAGCAGGAUCUUUUGAGGACACGAAUAAAAACAACAGGAAUAACAGAAGUUUUGUUUGAACUGAAAGGGCUCACAUUUCGAGUGAUAGAUGUUGGAGGGCAACGAUCAGAAAGAAAGAAAUGGAUUCAUUGUUUCGAUAAUGUUAAUGCAAUCAUUUUUAUAUCAUCUUUAUCAGAGUAUGAUCAAACUUUGAGAGAAGAUAAUUGCACGAACCGAAUGCAAGAAUCAUUGAAACUGUUUGACUCAAUCUGUAAUAGUCCAUGGUUUGCGGAUAUUCACUUUAUUUUAUUUUUAAAUAAGAAGGACUUGUUCGCUGAAAAAAUUGUCCGAUCACCAUUGACCGUUUGCUUCCCAGAAUACAAGGGACAACAGAAUCAAACAGAAUGUAUUAAUUACAUUCAAUGGAAGUUUGAACAACUUAAUAGGUCCUCCCAACGUGAAAUCUAUUGUCAUCACACAUGUGCCACAGACACAAAUAACGUUCAAUUCGUGUUGGACGCCUGUCUCGAUAUGAUUAUUGCCAAAAAUCUCAAGUCGAUGGGACUGUGUUAAAUAUUUGUGUUUAUUAUUUUUUUUAAUCUCUUUCCUAUCGCUAGUUUCUGUAAUUAAUAUAAUCCGGGACUGUUGCUAAACAUUUUUUUUAGUUUAAUUGCAUGUUUCCAAACCUCUUUAAAUAGUUUUUUUUCCAUCACCGCAAUCCAUCGUAUUCGGGUACAUCAUUCCACAGAAAUCCUUUUUGUUUUUUUUUUCAGAAAAUAACUUUUUAAUUUUUCAAGCAAGGAUAUCCAUUCUCAAACAGUCUUUCUUUUUCCUUUCUCAUUUCUUAAAUGUUCGUCAGAAUCUGCCACUUUCGAAAACUUCAAGUUGAUAUGGAUUUUUACGAACAUAUAAUAAAUGUUUUAUCGCCCUGUCAAAAGUUGUCUAAACUGUUCUGAUCUCUUUUUUCUCCAUUCUCUUCAUCCCUGACCCAUAAAUGUUGUAACUCUUUGAAAAUUUUAAUUUUAUUAUGGAAUGAAACUGAAUUAUCACAAUU